AUGGCUAGGAUCGUCCUCUUCCAAAUACUGCUGCUAGUAGGUCUCCUAAGUGCAAAGAGGUUUUCAAGUUUCCCUGAAUAUUGCCUUCAUGACAAAGACUAUGAGGAACUGCUGAAGAUUGUCAAACAUGGGCUAGAACGUGCAACUCAUCCAGCAAACGUGGUCAUCGUCGGUGCAGGAAUAAGUGGGCUUACCGCAGCAAAGUUGCUCCGAGAUGCCGGCCACACGGUUACCAUUCUGGAAACAAGCAAUCAGGUCGGUGGGCGGAUCAGGACGUACCGACCAGAGGGACAGGACUGGUACGUGGAGUUGGGACCCAUGCGCCUGCCAGGCAAGCACAGGCUUGUCCGUGAAUUCAUUAAGCAGUUUCACCUGAAGCUAAACCCAUUCAUCCAGACAGAUGACAACGCCUGGUACUUUCUGAACGGCACUCGGACAAGAGCUGAGGAAGUGAAUAGAAACCCCAACAUCCUAAACUACACAGCUUACGUGGCGUUCCAGACUACAGACUGCAAGAAAUAUCUAGCUAAAUAUGACUCCUACUCCACCAAGGAGUAUUUGAUUAAAGAAGGAAACCUAAGCCGAGGAGCAGUUCAGAUGAUUGGUGACUUGUUGAACGAGGAUUCUGGAUUUUAUCUGUCCUUCCUUGCCUCGCUGUGGGAUUUUGAUGUCUUCUCUGAUGAGAGUUUUGAUGAAAUCACAGGGGGAUUUGACCAACUGCCCAAAGCCUUCCACAAAGCGUUGUCUAAUGUCAUCCAUUUCAAUUGCACGGUGGAGAAAAUCAUGACCAAGGGAAACAAAGUCCAUGUGUUUUACCACGCGCCGAACACCCUGGCCCAAAACGUAACUGCAGAUUACGUCCUUGUCACGUCUACCGCCAAAGCCACCAGGCACAUCCAAUUCCUGCCACCGCUCUCUCCUCUGAAGACCCACGCCCUGCGCUCCAUCCACUAUGCAAGCGCCUCCAAAAUAGUCUUGGCUUGCACCAAGAAGUUCUGGGAGAAGGAUGGCAUCCGAGGAGGACAGUCCAUCACCGACCGCCCUUCCCGGUUUAUCUACUACCCCAGCCACAACUUCUCCAGUGGGGUGGGCGUGAUCCUGGCUUCCUACACCUGGAACGACGAUGCUGAGUUUUUCCUGCCCCUCACAGAUGAGAAGUGCCUGGAUGUGGUCUUCCAAGACCUAGCCGAUAUCCACCAAGUGAGCAAGAAGUACCUGCAGUCCACCUGCAACCAGUACGUGAUACAGAAGUGGCAGCUGGACAAAUACUCCCUGGGGGCAUUUGCUGCCUUCACCCCUUACCAGUUCGUCGACUACUCGCAGGCUCUCUUCGAGCACGAGGGCAGGGUGCAUUUUGCAGGAGAACACACAGCUCAGCCUCACGCCUGGAUUGACACCUCCAUGAAAUCGGCCAUCAGGGCUGCGAGCAACAUCCACCACGACAGCAUCGAAGCCCAGAUGCUGAACGAGGAGGGGGAGCGGGAGCAAACAGGGACAUUCUUCCAGAAGGAAGAACUCUGA